AUGUCGAGGUGCUUCCCGUUCCCGCCGCCAGGGUUUGAAUCAAGGCCCAGGAGUGAGGAGCACCACAAGGAUUUGCUGAGAAAGGAAAAGCACAAGGAUAAGAAGCACAGAAAAGGAAAGGACAGGGGAAAAGGAGAAACAAAAGAAAAGGGUAGAGAUCAUAGGAAAGAUAAGCACAACAGGAAACACAAAAGAGCGAAGUGCAGAGAGAGGAAAAAGAACGAAGACAUAUAUAAAGACAGAAACCAAACUUUGAGACACAGAAAACCUGAAGAAAAACUACAGCAUGAAUCAGUCAAAGAUACUAUACCAGCUGAUGAGUUGGUUUCCCGAAUUUUUGGUCAAGGAGAUCAUACAGACCCCAAAUAUAACAAUACUGAGUUGCUUCCUUGGAGCACUGAUAGCAUUGGUUGUACAGGUUCUAAAGAGAAGGAAAGGAAUUUUCUUGGUAGAAUGGUUAAGAAAUCUGCACAGGCAACAGAAGACAAUUACGGGAUGGUGCAAAAGAGUGACAGUAUUGCUCAUGCCAAUAAAAAAGGAAUGUGCAGGGGUAUCGAUUCUAAAACUGAAAUAAAGAAUGGGAAGAGCCUUCAAGAUAGAUCAGCUGAAAUGCAUUCCAGAAGAAGGUACAAUUGUAAUGGAGUUCGUGUGCGCCAUGAUAAUUCUGAUACACAAAGAAGCUCUGAAGUUGUACAUACUGCAACUGGCAGAGUCACACCUAACUCAAAUACUUUUCAGAGAACGGAAGAAACAGGAAAAGAUCCUGAUAUUUCUGUCCAUUCUGCAAACGUGAAAAAUGACAGAAGUAGCACAAAAGGUUUGGGGGAGGAAAAUCAAAGUGCUAACAAUUUCUGUCGCAAGAUGGAUCGGCAAUUUGCACGAAAUAAAGAUGGAGCAGUUGAAGGGAAUGCAAGAUGUAACUAUCGUAAAAGUCUUGAAGGUAAGGAUAGAGAUAUUGUUGUAAAGAAAAGAAAGACUGAAUGCAAAAAUAAAGAUAAAGAAGUGGAGAAAAAUGGUACUGUCAAUGAGCAGAAACAUGAAGAUCUUGGUGCACUUGGUGCAAGCAAGGACAAGGUCGAUAAUCUGGUGCAUUCGGGCUGUCUUAAUGAGCAAAAGUUCGCUUCUGAUAUCAGGAAAACGGAAGACUCUGGCCCUAAUAGCUCUCCACAUGAACACAGUAUGAGAACAAGCAAGCUGCCAAUGACAUCUCUUUCCAGUCUUACUUGUGUGGACGAGAAAAUUUCACAGCAUCCUCAGUGGAUCACACAUCAGUCUUCUACAGAACCAGCUGGGGUGAAUACUUCUGAUUUAGGUCAGCAUGAGUGCCGACAUAGCUAUAACAAUGGCAUCACUGGCUCUCGUUAUUCAGAGGAGCAAAUGCCUUCAGUUUCUUCAUCUGGCUAUGAGAGUAACAAAGGUUAUCUGAAGCAACCUCACCCUGAUACCAAGUAUCUGAGCCAAGUGCACUGCAUACCUUCAACACAGGACUUCUCAGAGUACAUUGAUCAGGACUGGCUGUUUUCCGUGGAUCAUAUUAGGCGGAAAACAGUGACACUUGAGGCUGUAGAAUCACGCCAAGUUUGGUCCGAUGCACAGCUAAUUGAUACUGCCGAUGUAAUUGCUAUGCCUUACGUUGUUCCUUUGUGA